AUGACCAGCUCCCAAAAGUUGGAAGAGCGGCCGUUGCCAGCUUGGUACUACCGAGUCAAUGCACUGUACACUGGCUCCGACACUGAUUUCAUCUCUGAGGACUUCGACGAAGAUAUUUCUGACCUGGAGAGCUUCAAGCAUGGAUCCACCAACAAAGUAGCGGUGACGGCUGAGCGUGACUGCGACUGCGAGGAUGACGACUGCGAGCACCGAGCAGAGGACGACGAAGAUGUACUUGGCUCAGAUGACAGCGCAUCAGAAAGAUCGUAUGACGGCUCCGACGCAGAUCGGUACUACGAGCUGAAAGAGCUACGGGAGGAUCGGAAAGAACAUCUUCGAAAGCUUGCAAAAGAAAAAGAGGACGAGAAGGACUACGAGAGGCGCAAAGUGGAAGAGGUUCGCACAGCAUACGAAGCUCUGAAAAAGGCUGAGAAGGAAAGUGAGACCCUGCACAUGGGGUCCCUUCAUUACAAGACAUUCCGACUUUACUGCCCAGAACACGUUGAACAUUUCUGGACGGAAUCUUCGUCGUUCAAGUACAUCGGAUUUUACUAUCCAGACAGCCAUGAUGAUUUGACCCACGGAAAAAAACCUAGGACCGAUACGCUCACUGUCGAGGGUCAAAUCUGUCUGGAUUCGAAAACGGACUACCAGUUUCACCCUUUCCGUUCACCCACACGCCCAAGCCGAACGAAGCACGCACUACAGUUGUAUCAGAACGACCGUCAACUUGUGGUCCAGUUCAUCAGCGACGAAUAUGUUAUAGUACGAGUUAGUCGUGAUCUAGUCUCUGAGCGCAACUCAAGGCCCAUACCUGAAUCAGCUCCGAAGACUUUUAAGUUCAUGGGUAUUCUUCGGACUUUAGAGAAGGCGAAAGCAGAGGCCCGUGAGCGAAGAGAGGGUCGUCGCUGGGUAUGA